UGUUAAGUAAAAGGUCUAAAAGACAAAAGUAAAAUCAACUUGCGACGAUAAAUAGAUCUGCAAUAAGCUGAUAACUGUGCCUGUGUUUGCUCUGCUGUACAGUUGUGUCUCACUUGUCAAAGAUUUAAAAGAAUUAAACAGAUAUGUUCCCCUUUUCAUGGCUUAUUACAUGUAUGGGAUUUGUUUAAUGGAAGGGGAACUCUACAAUCACAAAAACAAAUCCGACAAGCAAAUAUUCUUGACUAAACUAACACAAUGCAAAUGAGAUUAUCCCUAUCGCUCAAUAAAAAGCAGGCCCUGCUCCGUUGUGCACAGAGCUUCCACAGCAGCAGUUGGCGCUGGAGGUGAAGUAUGGGUCUGUCUGGUGCUGUGCUGCUUUCCUUCGGCUGGCUGAUGCUGUCGUUGGCUGACGGGAAACUGGACUACAGCUCUCAGGGACAAGGGAUGCAGCUCCAAGGCGACUUCUUACUCGCUGGACUCUUUUCUCUCCAUUACACGAAUGAACCAAGUGCUGUUUUUCCUGCUUUGAGUCAAUGCAAUGAAGGUAAACCCAACAAACACGGAUAUUACCUUUUGCAGGCCAUGAGAUUCGCUGUGGAAGAAAUCAACAACAGCAGCGGACCGCGGCCACUUUUGCCAUGGGUGAAAUUGGGCUACCAGAUGUACGACACCUGCUCGGUGUCUGCUGGUAUCCUGGCCACACUGGACCUGCUGGAGCAGCAGCAGCAGAGCCCGUCCACACCUGAGACAGAGGGAAACCCAAACUACAACAGGCAAAGGGCAUUAGCUGUGAUUGGGCCAGACAGCAGCAGCAAAUCAUUCACCCCGGCUGCUUUACUGGGGGCGUAUCUUGUACCACAAAUCUCUUAUGAAGCAUCAAAUGAAAUGCUGAGCAACAAGAACGUCUAUCCGGCCUUUUUCCGCACAAUUCCAAGUGACAAGAACCAGGUGACGGCUAUGAUCCACCUUCUGGUCCGUUUCAACUGGACCUGGGUCGCUCUCUUGGGCAGUGACAACGAUUAUGGCCUCCAGGGCAUGGAAAGCCUGUUCCAGCAAGCACCGCUCCACGGGAUCUGCAUCGCCUACCGAGGAGUCAUCCCCUUGUACAAAGAUGACACGGUCCGGACCAUGAGGAACAUUGUGGAAAACAUAAAGAUGGCAAACGUCAACACCAUUGUGGUCUUCGCCAGCAAGUCAAUGGCUAAGGGCUUCUUCACGUUUGUCAUUGAGCAGAACGUGACAGGUAAGGUGUGGAUUGGGACCGAGGACUGGUCAGCGUCGAGUCUCAUCUCGGAGAUACCUGGUAUUCACACUGUUGGUACUGUGCUGGGCGUCUCCGUCAAAUUUGGAUCCAUUUCUGGUUUUGAAGAGUUUGAGAAAAAAGUAGUUAAGGCCUCGAUGCAACGUAGUGACGCCCGGGAAGUCUCUAAUGUUACCAUGAGCCCAGACAACGACUGUCUGCACAGCGUAGACCUGUACAGCCUGGCCAGCAACGCGUUUUCACUGGAUAAAUAUGACAUCACCUCCUCCUUCAAUGUGUAUAAGGCAGUGUAUGCUGUGGCUCAUGCUCUGCACCGAGGACUUGGUUGUGAUUCUGGAGAGUGCCAAAAGAAGACGGUGCAUUCAUGGGAGCUGCUGCGGUGGCUUAAGGAGGUGAAAUUCUCCCUUGGCAACACUUCUGUGUACUUUGAUAUGAACGGUGACCCGCCCACAGGAUAUGACAUCAUUGUUUGGGUCUGGAGGGGGACGGACUGGUCAAUCAAAAAGGUGGGAUCAUUCAGCCCAGACCCCAUUGAUCUCUCAGUUGAUGCUGAUCAAAUUGAGUGGCACGACACAGGAAACCCAAGAACGGUGCCGCCAUCCAUCUGCUCUCCACCUUGUCCGAGAGGCCACAAAAAGCUGCUGACGGGGCAACACGCAUGCUGCUUCGACUGCGAGGCCUGCCCCUCCGCUACUUUUCUCAAUAUAAGUGAAUCCACCACAUGCCAGCCGUGCCUGCCGGAGCAGUGGGCUCCCUCCUCCAGCGAGCGGUGUCUGGACAGGACCGUCCUGCUGCUGGCAUGGGACGCCCCCCUCUCCGUCGCACUGCUCUUCUUUCUGGCCGCCUGUCUUCUCAUGACCUCCAGCUCGGCGAUAAUCCUCCUGCUCAACCUGAACACGCCCGUGGCCAAAUCCGCCGGAGGCCGCACCUGCCUCCUGAUGCUGGCGGCCCUGACUGCGGCCGCGCUAAGCUCUUUGUGCCAUUUUGGCCAGCCGUCUCCUCUGGCCUGUAUCCUCAAGCAGCUUCUAUUCAUCGUCAGCUUCACUGUGUGCCUGGCCUGCAUAACCGUGCGCUCGCUCCAGGUCAUCUGCAUUUUUAAAUUUUCAGCCAAACUGCCGCCGGUCUAUGACAAGUGGGCCAAGAACCACGGACCAGAGUUCACCAUUUUCGCCAUGUCCGCCGCCGCCCUGUUCAUAUCUGUGAUCCGUACGGUGGUCAGCACGCCACGGCCCUCUCGGGAUAUUGACUUUUACGAGGACAGCAUCGUGUUGGAGUGCAGCAACACCCUCUCCCUUGUUUCAAGCCUGGAGCUUGUCUACGUAUCACUGCUCAGUAUCCUCUGCUUUUCUUUCAGCUACAUGGGCAAAGACCUGCCAGCCAACUACAACGAGGCCAAGUGUGUGACCUUCAGCCUCAUGGUGUACAUGAUCUCCUGGAUAAGCUUCUUCACCGUCUACCUCAUCAGCAGAGGCCCGUUCACUAUGGCCGCGCACGUGUUCGCCACACUCUUCAGCGUUGUGGCCUUCUUCGGGGGCUACUUCCUGCCCAAACUCUAUAUCAUCGCCCUGAAGCCGCAAAUGAACACUACAGCUCACUUCCAGAACUGCAUCCAAAUGUAUACCAUGAGCAAGCAAUGAGGAUUGUAUUCAUUUGAGUUGAGGAAACAUAGUUGAAUUGUUUUGAUGCAGGAACACUGGUUGAGUUUCUCUUUCAAAUCUAUUUAACAGCUGAGUUUAAAACAUGAAACAUGAGGCAGACAGAAAAUACCGUAACAAACAUCUUCUUUGCUGUGUUUGCGUGCACUUUUUAGAUACAAUUUGACUUAUGUUGAGUUAUUCAUGCUAUUCAUUGAUGACAACAGAUGGAAAUUUAACUUUGGAUAUCCAUGACUUGUUCAAUCACAAUACUUUGGUAAUUUCAUAACUUAUUAUAGUUCCAGUCAGUUGUUGUUCAGCUGAAUCCGCGUCCCUUGACAACACUGUUACACUUCUCAUAUAGAGCAUUUGAUACGCUGUGUAUUGGUAUAGCACACAUUUUCCUGGCAUAGUAAAUAUAGAACCAUAGACCAUAAAUGGAAGUGUGUACGCUGAAGGGGAUCAACAGCGCUCCUGGUGGCUGUACAGACUGUCACACCAACGACGAUGUGAUCGUGAUCUUUUUUUUUCUCUGGAAAAAUUAAAUAAAGAAGAAAAUGUUAACUAGUUUGAUAAAAUGA